UGUUUCCUGCCAAGCGGUGGAACCGCCACAGCAUCACGGGGGGGCAGUUGACUGCCCGGCCGGGCAACCCCCUGGUGCGCCGGAGCAAUACGAUGCCCCCCAACCUUGGUGCAGGGCUUCUGGGGAGAGUGGAGGAGAGGAGCACGGCAGCCGGAGCCACAAAUGAUCCAGGCAUGGUUCGUCUUAUCUGUGGCCAUCAUAACUGGGUCGCUCUGGCUUACGCUCACUUCCUUAUCUGCUACAGGGUAAAGGAGGCCUCUGGCUGGCAGCUGGCUUUCUGUAGCCCCCGGCUGGACUGGGUCAUCGAGCGUGUGGCAUUAAAUGCCCGGGUGCUUGGUGGGUCCCUGGGUGAUAGCGACAAAAUGGUGGCUGCUGCCUCCUGCAGCGAAAUCCUUCUAUGGGCCCUUCAGCCUGACGGGAGCGGCACUGAGAUUGGAGUGUUCUGUUUAGGGGUCCCCCUAGAAGGUCUCUUCUUUGUUGGCAGCCAGCUUAUUGCCACCAGCCACACAGGGAAGAUUGGCGUCUGGAACGCAGUCACCAAACACUGGCAGACUCAAGAUGUGGUUCCCAUCAACAGCCAUGAUGUCGCGGGCUCCUUCCUGCUCCUGGGCUGCCACAAUGGCUCCAUCCAUUAUGUUGAUGUUCAGAAGUUCCCCCUGCGCAUGAAGGACAAUGACCUCCUGGUGACCGAGCUGUACCGUGACCCUGCGGAGGAUGCUAUCACUGCCCUCAGUGUCCACCUCACUCCCAAGAGCAGCCACAGCGGAAAUUGGAUUGAAAUUGCCUAUGGCACCAGUUCAGGGAUGGUACGAGUGAUUGUCCAGCACCCAGAGACGGUGGGCUCAGGGCCCCAGCUCUUCCAGACCUUUGCUGUUCAUCGUAGCCCUGUCACCAAGGUGAUGCUCUCGGAGAAGCACCUUAUCUCAGUCUGUGCUGAUAGCCACAUACGGACGUGGACGGUGACUCGAUUCCGUGGGAUGAUUUCUACGCAACCAGGCUCCACCCCGUUGGCUUCCUUCAAGAUUCUGGCCCUGGACUCGGUGGACGGGCAGGGGGGCUGCAGUGCGGGCACAGAUAUUGGGCCUUUUGGCGAGCGCGAUGACCAACAGGUGUUCCUCCAGAAGGUGGUUCCAGAUGCCAGCAAGCUGUAUGUGCGCCUCUCCUCUACUGGAAAGAGGAUAUGCCAGGUGUGUUCAGUUGACGGCUCGUUCAUCACGGCCUUCCUGGUCCAGGACUGUGAGGGCUCCAGCCGCAUCGGCUCCCGUCCACGCCGUUACCUCUUUACCGGCCACAGCAAUGGCAGCCUCCAGAUGUGGGACCUCACCACCGCGAUGGAGAUGAGGGACCACCCCCCAGAUUGUGGUGGUCUCUCAGAAGAAGAGCUGCUGUCUGAGUUGGGGCAAUGUGACCUGGCCCUUACCCACACCUUGGAAACGAGUCCUACGGGGUCUUUCACUCUCUCCAGUACUUCUGGCAUCAGCCGCCCCCAGAGUCGAGACAUCAGUGGGACCUGCGAGAAGCCAUCGAAAGCUUCCCCAGCCAGGUUGGACUUCCAACGAGGAGACCACCACCGACAACAACUGGGCGGGAACUUCUUGGACCGAUCUGCCGAGGGCCAGUGGCUCAGCCACUCUCAGGAUGGGCUCUCUGCUAGCCUUCUGAGCCAAAGAUCGCUCACUCUCCAUCCUGUCCCCCUGGAGCCCACCCUCCCCCUAGCCCCAUCUAGAGUGCCACUCAGUGAAACCUCUUUCUGACCUCUUGCUGUUCUUGGGGAGCAAGGGAGCCACCGGUGAUUCCCGCUGCUGCUGC